AUGUUUUAUCAACCCGGAGCAUGCGUCGUGCCCCGCGCCAUCGGAUGGAUCUCGUCCGUCUCCGCAGAGGGCGAGCACAACCUGGCCCCCUACAGCCAGUUCACCAACGUCAGCUUCGACCCGCCGAUGGUCAUGUUCAGCGCGAACCAGACCUACGACGGCGCCCGCAAGGACACCGUCAACAACAUCGAGCGCACGGGGAGCUUCUGCUGGCAGCUCGCGACGUACGCCCUCCGGGACGCCGUCAACGUCUCGGCGGAGGCCGUCGGCCCGGACGAGGACGAGUUCGUCCGCGCCGGCCUGGAAAAGACGUGGUCCCGGAGCCUGAAGACGCCCGUCCCGAUGGUCGCCGCCUCGCCCGUGCGCUUCGAGUGCGAGUACAUGCAGACGGUGCGGCUGCCGGGCAACCCGCCCAUGGGCGCCGUCGACGUCGUCUUCGCCAGGGUCGUCGGGGUCCACGUCGACGAGAGCGUCCUGACGGAGGGGAGGAUCGACGUCUCCAAGACGAACCCGAUUGCUCGGCUCGGGUAUUUCGAGUACGGCGUCAUCCGCGAGUCGUUCGAGAUGAUUGUUCCGGGAGACAAGCGCAUGCUGAUAGGGCUGGAGGGAAACGCCGGCAAGAAUAGCAACGAGGGUCUCAAGGGGGCUCGGUCAAAGGCGGACUGA